AGAUCAAAAGUGAAAGAAGGCCAUGUAACCAUCAAAUUCCAGGCCUAGUAUCGAGGAGAGAAUUUUGUGUUCGGUAUUAGAUUCUACUUCGGCAUGGGUUUAAAACCUGAACAACAAAGGCGAAGGAAAAAAUAAAAACUUAAGCACUCUCUCUGCUAUAUAUCCGAACCCUGUGCACUGGGUUUUCGCGGAUAUGUGGCGACCAAAAUCCGAUUCUUAGACGGUAUUGGGUAGGAUUCAAUCCGUGGCUUUCCAGGUACUGUGGAGUUAUGUACAUUUGGAAAACACUUUAAUGUACACAGCCUCAAAUAUAAUUAUGCUGGCGAUUCCGAUGAAGAUUCAGUGGCAAAGCAAACACAUUUGACAAGAAACAGAUGACACGUUCAAUGACUCCUUGCAAAGUUUGAGUCACGAACAGAAUGUUGCAAAUUAGAAGGCAGAGGUAAUCCAAGCAGUGGAGAGGGAUGGGCGAGCCAAUGCCUCCUGCAAAUUUAGAAACAGAAGGCCUUAACAAUAGCAGCUCUGAAGGUAUGGAUGCUUCAAAAAUCAACUCUCCACCCAACUCAUACGAUGCUGUUGUUUUAGGAGGCACCUUUGAUAGGUUGCAUGAUGGGCAUCGUCGUCUUCUCAAGGCUGCAGCAGAAUUGGCAAGAGGCAGAGUUGUUGUGGGUGUAUGCACUGGACCAAUGCUGGUAAACAAAGAGCUUGCUCACUUGAUUGAACCUGUGGAAAAGAGGAUGGAAGCAGUUGAAAGAUACAUUAAGUCUGUCAAACCAGAAUUACUAGUGCAUGUGGAACCUAUCACCGAUCCCUAUGGUCCAUCCAUCGUGGACAGUGAUCUAGAUGCCAUCAUUGUCAGCAAGGAAACUUUUGCUGGUGGGUUAUCUGUCAAUAAAAGAAGAGCUGAAAGGGGUUUAUCUCAAUUGAAGUUGGAAGUGGUUGACCUGGUCAUUGAAGGGGAAAAUGGUGAAAAGCUUAGCUCUACAGCACUGCGUCAACUUCAUGCUUCUGAACAGACCGGGCAAGGAUGUUCGGUUGCUUCUGAAUAAUGAUUCAGUAUGCUAUUGAUUAAACUAAUGUUUUUACCUAUUCAGUUUAUGUUCACUGUGAAGGUAAUUGCGUUUCUUACUAUCAGAAAAAGUAGCAUACCUGAAAUGGGGAAAAAUGGCGAACCAAUCAUGGCCAUAACUCAGACAUAAAUGAUAUCAAAGACAUGCAUUGGUAACCAAUGCUUCAAUAACUUGAAUUUCUUGUCAAUAAUCCAUGAUAACAUAGAAUAGCUUUUGAAGAAAUUAUGGCUGAAAUCUGAUGCUUUAUUUUUUGUCAAAUAUAUCAUGAAAUAAAUCAGAAACAUUAAUCAAAAUGGAAGUUGAGGUCUUUUAACAUUUA